AGACGAUCUCUCACGAGUCCAAAGAGGGCUCCCGCCAUCCAUUCCCAUCCCGACAAGCGUUCGAGAAAAGCGUUCACGCGCGCGCUAAUUGGAACCAUUCAAUUAUUCGGAAAUUAUUCAAUUACCCCUAUUCGGGUCUCUUCAUUUCGGCCGAACCAUUUUGCAUUCAUCUGCCGAAGUUUCGCGCGGCGGCACACUACUAGCAGAGCAGCGCCAGGCAGCGGACAGUGUGGAUCGGAUGGCCGAAGAAACCAUCGGCGAUACCCCCACAAAUGAAUCUCGAUUUGCGGCAUGAUGAUCGCGCGCCUCCGAUGAUCGUCAUCGCCACCGCCGCCGCCGCUGGUCGCCAUCAGUAACACGCUUGCGAACAUCGUCGAUAGCCGAUAUUUAGUUAGAAGAAGAUCAACAAACGCGGAUCGCACGUUCGUCACCUUGCGGUUGUUUGUGUUACCGAAACCGCAAAUUGGUUGGUCAGUGGUCGCCGCGAGGCUUUAGAGCUAUAGUGUGGCAAUCUGGAGAUGAGACGAAUCGUUCUAUCGCUGCCGCUGCUGGUUGUGACCGCUUUCGGCGUCAUUGAUGGCGUUGAUGGAUUGGAACAGAAGAUUGCAAGUGAUCUACAUCCCAGGCUGAACGAGCUGGAUUCGAUUGAUGAGUUCGACGGUGUCGCGGGCUCCGUGAAACUGGGACCCCACGAGUUCGAACGCCAGCUGAACACGUCACAGUACCAUAUGGUUCUGUUCUACGCUCCAUGGUGUGAAUACUGUUUGAAAAUCUUACCGGAGUGGACGGAAGCAACGCAGAUGAUGGAGGGCGGCCGGUUUGUCGAUCUUGUACGAUUCGCUCAUGUAGAUUGCAUUGCAGAAGAAGAGUUCUGUUUUCGGUUGGAUAUCAAAGAGUACCCGACCAUACGAACCUAUACCCGUGGACCGCCGAUGCGCUAUGAGUUGGUGUAUCCGUACCUGCUAGAGGAUACCGUCGAGUACAUGAAGGAUUAUUUAUUUAAUUCGACAGAAAACAGUGAAGGGAGUGAUACUUAGCCAUUAGAAAAUGUAGAUAUAGAUGAAAGUGUACAAAUAAACCAAAUUCGUUUUCUCACGGAAAACCUACGCUGUUAAAUUAUUGUUUGAAGAUCGUUGGGAUAGUGAAUUGCGUAGUAACAAUUAGUGAGUUAUGAGCAUAUUACUAUAACGAUAGCUGGGAAUUCCAGAUGUAUAUCAAGGUGAUACGUUACGCGUAUGUAAAUGAGCAUUUGUAGAUUUCUGCAUUACUGUAUAUCCGUGUAACACAAGUAUAUUAAAAAAUUUCUUUCGAACAAUUACAGCUAAACUAACUAGGAAUGAAAAUAUACAAUACAUACAUUAAAAUAACGACUGGGAAAGAAGUGAUCGUAACAUUUCCUAUAUACAUAGGAUGCCAAUGCCAAACCACUAAUGGGCAGUGUCAGAGGAUGGUAUUUUAGGCACUUCUCCUGAAUCGUAGUCAAUACCAAACCAAUUGAAAUAUUUUUUUUCUUAAUCGCUUAACCUAAUUUACAGUUCUAUUGCCUACCUGAAUUUUUGUACACA